AUGUCUUCAGUCGGCUACCAAGGUUUACUCUACAGAGUUAGCCAAAGGCUGAAGGACGUAACUAAGAUUAAUCAACUUCUUCAUACUUCUAGCAAUGCAAGAUUAAUCUCUGAAAACAGUGAAUCGUUCAACAUUCAAGUCAAUGAAGGGGACAACACUGCGAUUACCUUAAAGAAGCUCUUUUCAGAUUUGGACGAAAGCGACAAUUUGGGACUUGACAACCUGGGGACACUGAGAGAUCUCUUAACGGAAGUGAAGGAGUGGUCCCUUGUCGACGAAGUUGAUAAAUUCAAGAGGCAAAGAAAGGAUUUCAACGCUCUUUUAGAAAAGAUUAUUCCUAAACUCGAAGAGCUCGACAACCUGGAGCAACUGCUGUCUGUUUGCGAGGAUUACAUCUCAGACGAUGCUAAGGAGGAGAUCAAAGACGUUCGUGCGUUGCUUAAAGAACUACAGAAAAAGAACCGCCUGGGUUCUACGCGACUCUAGGUUCUGAGGAAGAUUUCAAACGAGACAGGACAGCAGGAGCUGUUAGAUUUGUUAACAGAAUUUGAGAAGAAGUGGAAAGCGGAGGAGAAGGCAGAGAGAAGGAGAGGUAUGAUUCUUCUCACUAUACAAACACUUCAACAUUUUACUAUUAUUAUUCUUCAAGCUAUCAUUUAUUAACACAUACAUUGACAGAAUGUGUUGCGUAGUGAAUGUAGGUCAUCUUUCUAACAGUCUUUAUAAUUAAUUCUAGAUUCUGAUUUAGCCGGAUUUGCGUAAUAAAUGCGGACUAUGAGUAAACUGUACUUUAAUAUUUAUGCCGCCUAGUUUAUACGAGUCCGAUGUGGCAAAAUACGGAAAUGAAGGGCAGCUAUAGUAAACAUAUAAUGUUGAUGAUAAAAUUCAGUUAUAUUAGUUUUGAAGAAUGUUACAGUGCUCAAAAUAUAGUGGGGCGAGUAAAGGAACCAGAACAUGCCAUGGAUGCGUGACCCGACGCUAACUUAUAUGCUAAUUACACACCAAGCUCACGCGAGCGUUAAAACAUCAACGGACGUUUCAUAGGAUACCAGAAUGUUGUUUAACUGGUUUAAAUUUUCACGCACUAAUUUUUUUUGUUUUUUCCAAAUUUCUGAAACGAGGAAAUCCUCGCCUUUCAUUGGACUUAAGAGAAAACUCCCAAAUCCGCAAUGAAACGCUUCGUUGGAGCAGCCUACCAGUGUGACCACUGUGCAACCUCGUUCCCAGGGUUCUCUCCUACCCGUCCCUGCGGAGCGAGAGAGAGGGUAAGAGAGAGAACCUGGGAACGAGGUUAAUUGCUGUGUACUUCUAUACGGAUACCAUAGAGGCAUAUUCGUCAGAAAUUUUGGACCUUUGGAUUGGACUGCGAGUAGAAGUUUUUGUACCAAAUUUGUGUGCCUCAUUUUGAGAUUUAUCAUGUUCUUACCUGGUUCACUUUCUUGUCCGUGACGUCAUGAUGUUUACUGAGUAAUUUAUGCAUGACGAUUACCCAUGGCUGGACACCGAGCCUAUCUUGUCUCCACUGCUAUAAUCCGGGAGAUACAAAAAACUCGAAAUUGUUUUGAAGUCGUUGCUCCGUAUUUGUAGUUGAAUCUGGCAGUCGUUCAAAGUUCAAGUAUACUAAACAGGGGCACCCAACGAGAAUAUAGUUCAAGACCACUUGAACAUAGUAUUGUUAAACGUAUUUUAGUAUUUAAACGGUAGAUAUAGGCAUAUUUUUAUCCCCUAAAAAUUUUUCAUCUGUUCGGAUUUCCUAACUGAAAGUCUAGUGAUCCGAAAAUUAUAGGGAUCAAAACUUACCUUUUCGAAAAUUUCAGCGAUAAAAAAGGCUCCCGAAAAUUCUAGGUGACCUUUUUAGGGUAAAAAUCCGUUAAAAACGGGCAAUUAUACCAUAUUUUAGAUGUUCGAAAAUCCAUUGAGAGGCAGGCAAGCAAGAAAUUUCACAACAAAUUUUCCGAAAAUUCUAGAUCUCAAAUCGUCUUCCGAACAGAUAUUUCCCGAAAAUUGAAGUUGGGUGCCCCUGACUAAAUACACAAGAGAGAAUGUGCAGGUCAAGUGGAGGAGAACAAUUUCUGGCCGUUUUUUCCUAGGAUUCUUAGUUCUCAGUCUUUCAAACAGAGAUGAGCGAGCAACAGGCCUCGCUUAAUUGUGCCGUUCCCACUAGGAGAAUAGAGGAUUCUGGAACCCCUUAGAUUCUCCCCUGGAUAAAUCCUGGUCAGCUAUAUAUGUCCGUAUUACAGAAUUAGGGAUUAUCUUUCGUAUCAAAAAAAGCCUGUCUACAAUAGAAAGGUGUCUGUAGUAACGAGAGGUACGAAUAUAUUUAGAUGGAAAAUCUCUUUAAGCUCUCUCAAAUCAAAUUGCGUUGCCUCUUUACCUGGACGCUUUUAUUUUUAGAGUCAUUUAGAAAACAUACUUUAUGUAUUCCUUAUAAUUGACUCCAAAAAUGUGCUUUGGUUCCUGAUUUGUAGAUCGGGUAAUUGAUGUUGUGAACACGGUGAUAGUAGGUAAGCGUUUCCAAACCAUAGCCUGCGAGAAAGCUCACCAUAGUGACUGGGCUCGCAUGCACCACGGCGGAACUUUACCCGAUUAGUAGCAUGAAGUACCUAGGAGUAUAAUGCUAUCCCCUGAGUGAGAUGAGAGACCAACACUGGGUUACUCCCAGCAGUAUAGGGUCUGCACCCUGAUUAUACAUCUUAACCUAUCCAUUCAGUGGAUAACGCAAUUGAUUUUUCUAAUGCAGAAUAUUGCCAUUUAACCUUUGAAGACCUACAUAUCCGAAUUCCAAGUUAUUAACUGCUCAGUCACCACACCUGUUUCCAGCCAUAGUGGGGUCACAUUUUUUGCUUCGGUCUCCAUGAAGUGGAUAUUUUCCCGCCGAUCACGACACGACUCCUAAAAGUGUUAGCACUUUCUUUCCAUACGUUAUUGCACCUUUCACGGCGUCUGAAGAGAAUCCUGUAAGCCAGCAGCGUAGUUGUGAAAAUGAAUUGUGUCGUAACACAAAGAAAAAAGCGCUAUUUAGACCCUGCUCGCUCAUCACGUGUGUGAAGUUUGUCCAUAGAUGAAUCUUUUUUUAUGCUUCUUUGUCAUGUUAGUUGACCUAAGUCGCUUCUUUCUCUUUUAAAACUUCAGCUCCUACUACAGCCGUGUACUCAACAGUUAAAAACACUUGGGAACAAUUUAUUGGAGGUAAGUA